AUGGCUUCCGCAUCCACGUCUACAUUCGUCGUCCCGGGCCAGGUUCUAGGCAACACGUCUUCCCACGUUCCGGGACCAGGCACACAUGUCUACGAGAACAACAUUGUUGCCUCGAUCAUCGGUCGACCCGUAGUACUAUCCAGCCCGGCUGCCGCAGACACCUCUGCCAAAACGAAGACCAACAACACGAGCACCAGCACCAACAAACCAAUCAUUUCGGUGCCUCAUUCAGGAACAGCAGGAGAAGGAGUAACACCAACUCCCACCAACACCAUCACCACCUCCUCCACGAUUGGCGGCAGUGGUGGCAGCACCAACACCACCCUCCUCCCCAAAGUCGGUUCCACAGUCCUCGUCCGAAUCACCCGCGUGCAACAACGCCAAAUCUCAGCCUCGAUAUUAGUCGUCGACCCAUCCCCUAACGACAUAACAUCAUAUACACGCGUGACCGACGACGACCUUCAAUUCCAAGCGGUUCUGCGCCGCGAAGAUAUCCGCACCCACGAAAAGGACAAGAUCGUCAUGAACGACAUGUACCGCGUCGGCGAUAUCGUGCGCGCCAUGGUCAUCAGUCUGGGCGACGAAAGGAACUAUUAUAUCUCUACCGCAGGGAACGAGUUUGGUGUGGUCGUUGCGACGAGUGAUGCUGGGAAUGCUAUGGUCCCUGCUAGUUGGAGGGAGAUGAGGGAUGUGGUUACUGGGCAGGCGGAGAGUAGGAAGGUGGCUAAGCCUUCUUAA